UAACACGUUAAAUAUAUAUAUUUUUUCUUCUUCCUUGUGAAAGCAUUUUGAGAGCCAAGACAAUGAUUAAGAUCAAAAUUUCACAAGUUUUGGUAUUGAUGCUGAUAACCGGUGCAUUCAUUGAGGAUUCCAAUGGGGCUUGGUGGUUUUUCAGGAGAUGGACAAGAAGCCGCAGAUCUAGAGUAAAGUUACCUGUGACCACACAAGCACCAGUCUGCCCUCGUCUUUGUGGCUUCAGUUGUGAACCAUCAAACAAAUGCGGAAAGUUCUGCUGUUUUUACUGUUACCGAAAUUGCAAUGGAAAACAUCAGGAUAUUAACCUGCCAUGUAAAUUUUCCCUUUGGGACAAGAAUGGGGACGGUGCUGUUAACAAGACAGAAUUUGUGAGCGUGACACAAGCGAACAAGAAUGUGGAUGUUGAUUACAUUUUCAACACGUCAGACAAAAAUGGUAAUAUAUUUGAAUAA